UGUCAUCACUGUUGGUAUAUAAAGCUGCUCGUCCCUGCUCACCACUUUUUCUCGACUGCUCAAGUGAUUCAAAAUAAUAAGGAAAUCAAUUAGGUACUAUAGUUAAUUUGGAAAGUGUUCUUAAGGUGUUCCGCUUACGAUUAACCCUAAAAGUGCACAAAGUAAUAUUAUGUUGUGAUUGUUAACCGUAUUCCGUGUGUAAAGGAUCAUAAAGCAAACAUGUUUGUUAGCUCACGAUCGCGUUCUUCGAGCUUAAAAUUAGACGAAAGUGCACAAUUCGCUCAGCCCUUUUGUCAGUGUUGGGGCAAAAAUGAACCUAUACCGUGGCAGCAGCUGAACUUCUGCUCCUGUGGAGAGGAUAACGAAGUAAAUGAAUGGAAUUGGGAGUCACCAGAUGAUGUGGUGGAGAAUGCUCGGUCCAGCUGGGUGCUGGUGAGCGAGGACCAGAAGCAGGUGACAUUCCACCCGUACUACAGCUCGGGCACGGCGGCAGUGCGUGGGGAUACACCACUCAUGCUCAACAACCACUACUACUGGGAGGUCAAAGUGUUAACGCAGACGUACGGCACUGAUAUUAUGGUGGGACUGGGCACGAGCAAGGCGGACAUGCAAAAGGACAGGUUCAAGUUCACAUCGCUGCUGGGACAGGACGCCGAGUCCUACGGCCUCUCAUACCGCGGCUCCAUCAAACACGACGCUAAGCAGGUGUCGCGCGAGUCGGACGGGUUCUGUCGCGGCAGCAUCGUGGGCGUGCGGCUGGACAUGUGGCGCGGCACCCUGCAGUUCUACGUCAACCGGAAGCCGCAGGGGGUGUGCUUCUACAACAUGCGUCGUCACAGCGCGCUGUACCCGAUGCUAUCGUCGACGGCGGCACAGUCCUCCAUGCGGCUCAUAUACGCCGCGUCGUGGCAGGCCUCGCUACUCGUUGACGCGGCUAAGGUGCUGGCGAGCUCAGUGAGACAAUGUAAUCUGCCCCCGGGUCUGCUGUACACCUGCAAGUCACAGUUCUGGCUGACACUGCCAUCUGAGGGUGAUGCCGUUGAUGAUGAUGAUGAUUUUAUGGAUGUCUCUAUGGAGACUGUACCAACUACAUCUAGUUCACAGAAUCACGGCUGUAUGUCAAGGCGGCACUGGGAGAUGGUGUCACACUGUUUACCUGUGUCGAACAAUACGUAACAAAAAAGAAAAACAAAAUUAACAGCCGUUACAAUUCGAAAAAAUAAAAUUGCCAAUAUUUAAGCAGUUUGAUAAUUGAAUGUAAAAUGAAAAUUAAAAUAUAUAAUGUAUUUUUAUAAUGAUUAGUACAAAUGGUUUUAACAUGGUUUUAACAAUAAUUUAUUACGAACAUGUUAAUUAGUAAAAUGUAAAUAUUAUGUCAUAAUAUUGCCUUCCCUUCCCAUAAAACUUCGUUCUAUGAUUCUUCUUUCACCAUCUCCGCUAUUCGUCUCUGGAACUCUUUACCUGAUUCUAUACAAAGCUCUGAAUCCAUAAAUAUCUUUAAGAAACGUGUCAAGAAACACUACUUAGACCUAUUUCCUUCAAUAUGAAAAUUUUGGUGUUAGUACUAAUAUUAAUUACUUAUCAUAAAAUUCUUAUCUCCUGUAAUUUUUUCAUAUUUUU